AAGAAAAAUUAGUAGCGAAGGUUUAAUUAAUUAUACUCUGUGGGCAGUGACGGGAUUACUAGUAGAAAUUUGUUAUCAUCGUCGUCGGAUGAAGUUUCUUUCUGUGUGCUUCUGCUUCUUACCACCCCACUCCGCCCCGCCCUAAUUCCCAAGCAACCAGAUGACGUCGACUAGUACUACCGCCACCGCUGAAUGUCCUUGUUUUAACCGCCAAACCCAUAACUUAUGCAACCACCGCCGCAAACCUUCUUCCCUCACUCUCCUUUAUGCCCUGCGCCACCGGGAGAGGGAUUCCCACCUUUCCACCACCCUUACCCUUCGCGCUAAACCCCUUUCCGUUCCUUGUUUUAGUUCUCCUCGCGUCGAUGGACCUUUACAUCAACAACACUCUCUGCUCACUGAUGAUUCUGACUCUGAUAAGGAUCACCCUACAGUCCCUACUCAUACUCACGAUCAAUUAGGAAUCAAUCCAAAUCAAGAAAAAAUUGAUGUCAAACGUGAGCUUUUGAUGCUGUCUUUGCCUGCACUUGCUGGACAAGCAAUUGACCCCUUGGCACAAUUGAUGGAAACUGCUUACAUUGGUCGGUUAGGUACACUGGAGUUGGCUUCUGCGGGUGUUUCCAUCACCAUCUUUAACAUUGUUUCAAAGUUAUUCAAUAUUCCCCUUUUAAGUGUUGCUACUUCUUUUGUUGCCGAGGACUUAGCAGCCAAUCUUUCUGCUUCAGAUCAUACUGCUUUACAAAAUGAUGGCAAUGGAAAACCUCUGGAAAGAAAGCAGCUAUCCUCUGUCUCUACUGCUUUGCUAUUAGCACUGGGGCUUGGCAUUUUUGAGUCCUUAGCUUUGUAUCUGGGAUCUGGAACGUUUCUUCAUAUCAUUGGUGUAUCAGCAGCGAAUCCAACACGUGUUCUUGCUCAAAAAUUUCUCUCAUUAAGAGCGGUUGGUGCUCCUGCAGUUGUGCUUUCUUUGGCUCUUCAGGGCAUAUUCCGUGGUUUUAAGGAUACAAAAACCCCUGUUUUAUGUCUAGGCAUUGGUAAUCUUUCAGCUGUCUUUUUAUUUCCCUUACUUAUGUAUUACUUUCAGUUGGGUGUAACUGGUGCAGCCAUUUCCACCGUUCUCUCCCAAUAUAUUGGUGCCUUGUUGAUGAUCUGGAAUCUGAAUAAUCGAGCUGUGUUACUUCCUCCAAAGUUGGGAAGCCUGCAAUUUGGCAGUUAUAUUAAGUCUGGUGGUUUUCUUCUUGGAAGAACACUUGCUGUUCUUACAACCAUGACAUUGGGAACAUCAAUGGCUGCUCGUCAUGGUCCAGUAGCUAUGGCUGCACAUCAGAUAUGUAUGCAAGUCUGGUUGGCAGUUUCCCUUCUUACAGAUGCAUUGGCUGCAUCUGGUCAGGCCCUUGUUGCAAGUUCUCUAUCUAGACAUGAAUACAAAGCUGUGAAGGAACUUACUAAUUUUGUAUUAAAGAUUGGACUGCUGACAGGUAUCUGCUUGACUGCAAUUCUGGGUGUAUCUUUUGGAUCUUUAGCUGGCGUUUUUACCCAGGAUCUUAAAGUCUUGCAGGUUGCCAGAACUGGAGUAUUGUUUGUCAGUGCUUCUCAACCAUUUAAUGCGCUGGCUUAUAUUUUUGAUGGUCUCCAUUUUGGUGUUUCUGAUUUCCGCUAUGCUGCUUUUUCCAUGAUGUUUGUGGGGGCAGUCUCCUCAGCAUUUUUGGUAUUUUCCCCUUCACGUUUUGGCCUUCACGGUGUAUGGUUGGGCUUGAGUCUCUUCAUGGCACUUCGUGUGGUAGCUGGUUCUGUUAGAUUACUAUCAAAGAAUGGCCCUUGGUGGUUUCUUCACAGGGAUUAUCAAAUUGCAGAGGUCAGUGUAUAUUUGUAUAAUUCCUAAACCGUGUGGGAUUUUUGAAUUACUAAAAUGUAGUGUACAUUAUUCCUGGCAUUUGUUUUUCUAUCAACUUGUGAGUAUCUUAUUGUUAUUCUUAUCUUUUUGUACUUGGCUUUACUUAUCUAUUUGCCCGCUGUCGAUCAUUACCCUGAAAAGGUUGAGGAGAAAACAUAAUUUAGAUUCUGAGGAAAAAUAACCGUUACCCUGUAGGAGUAGCAUUUGUUGAGGAGAUGAUAUAAACUUGGAUCGUUGGGUCAUGUCAUGUGAAUCAAAUGCAAGAUAGUUCAAUUAAAGGAGGUGAAGGAAGGAAGACCCUUGAAAACUUUUGGUGAAAACGUUAAUAAAGGGCUUGCUCUAGAUGGAGUUAUGGAAAUUUUGAUUUUUGAUAAAUUUCAACGACAUCAUCUAAUCUACGUAGAUAACUCCACCUAAUGAGAUAAGACUUGGCCUGAGUAUCAUCAUUGACCGUCAGUCAAUUCUCUGAUUUGGAAUUUUAAAGAUAAACUUUAGUUUGAUCGGAAAUGAUAUUGACUGUAAAUUUGAACAUAAUGUGGAUGUUGAUUAGCCUUGUGUCCUGUUUGACAAUGUCGCUAAAAAGAGCAAAGAUAUUAUUAUAUGGCAUAACAUGGCAGUGUUCCCAUUUAUGAAGAGGUAAUUUUUGCUUCUUGCUAGUGUACUAUACUCCCUUUAACAAGACACUGAGAGAAACAUUGCUAAUUUAUAAAUUCUCUCUGAUGAUUAUGAUUAACAUUAUGUGAUGAGCUUUUCAUAUUCUGCAUAUAAAUUCAUAUCUACCUCAGACAUUUGGUACCUUUUAUCUUUUAACUCAUGUUUGCAGAUGGUUUCGUAAGUCUUUAGAUGGAGAAUAUGGAUGAGACCGCGGAUGGAGCAUUUUGAGGAUGAUUCUUUGCAUCAGAUGCAAAACUUAGAUGUUAACUUAGAAUUUUUGUAGAAAAUAUCAAUUUGUAAGCCGUUGCAUUGAAAGCAAUAAAUUCUGUCCAUCCAUUAGUGUAAUCAUGGGACAAUUUCUAUUAAAGGACUUUUUCCCCUGUAAUUGUUACUCAAUGUAAAGGAAAAUAGUGCCAGUUUAAAU